UGCGUGCGCACUCAAGAUGGCUGGUGCCGAGCACGGGAACACCGAGGCUGAUGUAGGAGAAGGAAGAAUGGCUGCUAGUGAGGGAGCGAACGGAGGGGAAUAUGCGGAUGAAGGACAAGAUGGUCGAGGCGACACUGAACUUUUCAGCAAGUCACUGAAAAUACAAUCUAAACGUUUUUACGUGGAUGUGAAGCAAAAUCGUCGUGGCAAGUUCAUCAAAAUUGCAGAGGUUUCUGUUAACCGCUCUGGUAAGAGCAAUGUGAUAUUCACUAUGGGUGUGGCACGGGAUUUCUGUACCAAGCUGACUUCCUUUGCAAAUUUUCUAGCUCAGGCACCAAAACGUGACGAGGAGUCAGAGGAAUCUGGCAAUUUGAUGAGCGAAAGCAUUAGAGGUCCAAAUAACAGAAUGUACUAUCUGGACCUCAAAGAAAACAACAGAGGAAAGUUCCUCAAGAUCAACCAAACUGGGACAUAUGGCCGUGGAGGUCGCACAAAUAUUGCUGUUCCAGCUCAAGGCAUUGUGGACAUAAGAGAUGCCCUUUCAGAGGUAUUGGAGGAAUAUGGCUCUGAAGAAGAGGAAGUAUCCAGUGACUUGCCUGCCUCUCGUGAGCAGCGUGUGGAGCAAAAACGCUUCUACUUUGAUGUUGGUAGCAACCCAAGAGGAGUGUACCUGAGGAUUUCUGAGGUGACAGCCAACUAUCGGAACUCAAUUACAAUACCAAAGAGAGGAUGGGCAAGUGUAAGGGACAUAAUUGACGAUUUUGUGAAGAAAAUGGAUGACGAAGAAGAAGAAGAAGAAGAAGAAGAGGAAGAGGAAGAAGAAGAAGAAGAAAGAGGGGACUAAUCCGUAUCACUUCUCUCAAGCCUCCUCCACUCUCCCUUUCUUUCUUUCAUUCUCCCUGCCUUCUCUUCUAAUCUUCCCCCUUCCUCAGCACGUAAAAAAAUUAUUACUUUUAACUUUAGUCCCUUAAAUAUUAUACAUAGUAUUUCUUCCAUUUCUCUUACCGAAAAGAAGAUCAAUCAUUUGAUAAUUAUGACGGAAGCAAACUUUUACCGUACUGUUGUUGUAAACAGAAUGCAAAAUUAUUCUCAUUUCAGAGGGUGCAAAGAAUUUUAGCUCCGCAGAUUACAGUUUUGGUUGUAAUCGCUUCGGCUUUUGAAUGCCAUGCACACCAGAUACAAAGGACCAAAAAAAAAAAAAGAAACGAAAUUUAAUACUAAAUUUCUCAUGCUUGUACAAAAAAAUUAAGCCUUCAAAAAGCGGUCAUUGUGAUAAGUGAUAUUUUAAGGUGAAAACUGUUAGCCGGCCUACAGUAGCUGGCUGGUGUUCAGUCAUCUGAUGUGAGUCUGCCAAGCCAAUAAAAUUUGGACAAGAGUCCAUAAAAAGAU